CUGACGAGCGUGAGUGUGGGUUCAGGGCGACUCUGACGUGACGUGGAAGUCAGAGCUGCACUACUUCCUGGACUGAGACCGAGUGCAAGCAGGUUCGCUGCGGAGCCAGGACUACAGCUCGCCAUGGGGGGUUUCUUUUCCAGCAUCUUUUCCAGCCUGUUUGGAACUCGGGAAAUGAGAAUUUUGAUUCUGGGUCUUGACGGAGCAGGAAAGACAACGAUUCUUUACAGAUUACAAGUGGGAGAAGUUGUAACCACAAUUCCAACAAUCGGUUUUAAUGUUGAGACAGUAACUUACAAGAAUCUUAAAUUUCAAGUAUGGGACUUAGGAGGACAAACAAGUAUCAGACCCUAUUGGCGUUGCUAUUAUUCCAACACUGAUGCUGUGAUUUACGUAGUAGACAGCUGUGACAGAGACAGAAUUGGAAUCUCCAAGUCUGAACUGGUUGCCAUGUUAGAGGAAGAAGAAUUAAAGAAAGCUAUCUUAGUAGUGUUUGCUAACAAACAAGACAUGGAGCAGGCCAUGACACCUACAGAGGUUGCUAAUUCCCUUGGCUUGCCAGCGUUGAAAGACCGUAAAUGGCAGAUUUUCAAAACCUCCGCAAUGAAGGGCACUGGACUUGACGAAGCUAUGGAAUGGUUGGUUGAAUCCUUGAAAAGCAGGCAGUAAAUCGUUCUAGUUCACCUUUGUCCGUCACUCCACAAGAGAAUGUUGCUGGAUGUACAUAGAAUUUUCACCAUCAUUACCUGAAAUGGCUCCUUUAGUUAUUAAAAAGGACGUUGCACCUAUAUGACUUGUUUUCCAAUAGCAAUGUACCAUACUGUGCUUUAUGUAGUGUAGAUUCUCUUUUAUUUAUGAAAUUUUUGUAAUAACUGACUUUUUUGAGAAUGCAUUCUUCCGGUGUGCAAUCUUUACUAUGGGGCCCACUUUUUUUUUUUUUUUUUUUUUUUUUUUUUAAUUAAAACUAACAUUCUGCUUACUAUAACUACAUAAGGUAGUUAUCGUAUGACCAGCUCCACAGUAGCAGUGGGAUAAAAAAAAUAUACUGUUGAAACUUCAUGUUAAUGAUCCCUUCCAAAAUAAACUAUUUCUUUAGUAA